GUGAAAUAGAAAGGUGUAUGAAAAAGGUAACUGAGGGUGUUGAAACUUUUGAAGACACAUGGCAGAAGGUCCAGAGUGCAGGUAACUAUAACCAGAAAGAAAAAUAUGAGGCAGAUCUCAAAAAAGAAAUUAAGAAACUUCAGAGGCUGAGAGACCAAAUCAAAACAUGGGUUGCAUCAAAUGAAAUCAAGGAUAAGAGAGACUUACUUGAAGCAAGGAAGUUAAUAGAAAGACAAAUGGAAAGAUUUAAAGUAGUUGAAAGAGAAACCAAAACCAAAGCAUACUCAAAAGAAGGCUUAGGAGGAACACAAAAAGUUGAUCCUGCUCAGAAGGAAAAAGAUGACGCAUCCAGUUGGUUAUCUGCAUCAAUAGAAGCUCUAAACAUCCAAAUUGACCAGUUUGAAAGUGAAUGUGAAUCUUUGAUGAUUGGACUCAAAAAGAAAAGAAGUGAUAAAGAGAAAGAGGACAGGUUAGAUGAGCUAAGAGGUUACACGGAGAAACAUCGGUACCAUAUCAAGCAGUUAGAAACAAUAAUGAGAAUGGUAGACAACAGCACUAUCAACGUGGAUCAGGUCAAGAAGAUUAAGGACGAUGUAGAGUACUACAUCGAGUCCUGUCAAGAACCCGAUUUUGAAGACAAUGAGUUUAUCUAUUCGGAUCUCAGUCUGGAAGAUAUUCAAGAGUACUUAACAAAAA